AUGAGCGCAUUAAUAUUUUCAGGAGGUGCCUUAGCUUUAACAGGUACUAUAAUAAGUAAUCUUUUUUUUACAGUUGAUGCUGGUGAGAGAGCCAUAUUAUUCGACAGAGCUUUCGGAGGAAUACGAGAGAAGAUUUAUGGUGAAGGUAUGCAUUUUUACAUUCCAAUGUUUUAGAAACCUAUAACAUUUACAAUUCGUUUAUAACCAAAAACAAUAGCUUCUUAGACAGGAACUAAAGAUUUACAGACAGUAGAUAUUGCAUUGAGAAUAUUAUAUAGACCAGUAGAGAAUUAAUUACCAAAUAUAUAUUUGAAAUUAGGUCUUAACUAUGAUGAGAGAAUAUUACCUUCAGUUGGAAAGGAAACAUUAAAAAGUGUAAUUGCAUAAUAUGACGCAGAUUAAAUUUUAUAAAGCAGAGAAAGAAUUUCGUAAGAAAUAAGAUAAUAAAUGAUCUUAAGUGCUUAAGAAUUCAAUAUUUUAUUAGAUGAUGUGUCUUUUAUCCAUCUUGGUUUUAUGAAAGACUAUGCCUAUGCAAUUGAAUAAAAAUAAGUCGCCUAAUAAAAUGUUGAAAAAUAAAGAUAUAUUGUAUAGAGGGAUGAGGAAGAUAAAUUAGCUUAAAUUAUUAGAUCAGAAGGAGAAGCUGAGGCUGCAUAAUUAAUUAAUUAAGCUGUUAAAAAAUUCGGUGGAGCUUAGAUUGAAAUUAAAAGAUUAGAAGCAGCCAAAUAAAUUGCUGAAACUCUAUCCAAAAGUUAAAAUAUUACUUUUGUACCUAGUGGAAGUGAAGGUAAAGGAUAAAAUCUUUUAUUAAAUAUGAGAGUUUGA